AUGUCUUCUCCUAGUGUUACCGCUGCUAGUACUGGUGUUGCUGCUGCCAAUGGUAGUACAAACAACAAUAAGAAACUGAAGAUGUCUCCUCCCUUUGAUUCUCUCCUGGACAAGAAUGAGAUUUGGAUCCAAGGCAUUCUUCCUCUUGUUGGUGUUGGAGAGUAUGCUUUUGUGGGGGCUGUCAACAAGAAGAUGAAUCAACUAUACAAAGAGUAUUGCAAAACUGAACUCGAUAAAAAUCCAAGCAAUGUAGAAGAUAACCCAGACGAUGACAGUCGCUCCGCAGAAAUCACUGAUACUCUUUACAGCAAAACAUUCUGUAACCAGCCGCGUGCAGAAUACUGGCUCAAGGACAUUUCCAACCCUAAGGCACCUGGUCAUGCUCAUGUUUGCACUGCAAUUGCCAAAAUUGGAAAUAUUACUGUCAUGCGGUGGGCGCGACAAAAAGGAUUCCCAUGGAAUGAGCAGACUUGUGCCCGUGCUGCUGAAUAUGGACAUUUGGAAAUGCUCCAAUGGUCAAGAGAGAAUGGUUGUCCAUGGAAUGAACGGACAUGUGCUGAAGCUGCUGAAGGUGGUCACCUUGAUGUGCUCAAGUGGGCUCGUGAAAAUAGGUGUCGAUGGGAUUCAUGUACAUGUUCCUGUGCUGCUGAAGGUGGCCAUUUGGAUACUCUGAAGUGGGCUCGAGAAAUGGGUGUCCAUGGAUCGAUCGACAUGUGCCUUUGCUGCUUCAAAUGGCAUUUGGAUCUAAAGUGGGCUCGUGAAAAUGGUUGUCCAUGGGAUGUGUGGACAUGUGCUUUUGCUGCUCGAAACGGACAUUUGGAAAUUCUAAAGUGGGCCGUGAAAUGGUUUUCCAUGGAAUGCAAGGACAUGUGCCGGUGCUGCCGAAUGUGGCCAUUUGGAAAUCUAAGUGCUCCAUGA